AUGUCCACGAAGGAUGCCUUGUGGGACACCGGCUAUGACGAAACAGUCGAGGUCAACCAACGAGCCUUAAUCGACAAAGUCCUCGCCCGAUACAGCGGUGAAUUCACCGUCUUCCGUGAACUACUCCAGAAUUCAGAUGAUGCCCGGUCGGAGGCCGUCGAAAUCCACUUCGACACGGAUGGGAGUGUGCCGUUGGAGACGCCAGAAGGGGAGCUGAAGGAUCUGAAGAGCAUCUUGGUUCAACGCUGGACGUUUAAGAAUAACGGUAUUUUGUUCAGAGACGAGGAUUGGAACCGUUUGAAGAAGAUUGCUGAGGGAAACCCUGACGAAGAGAAGAUUGGCGCAUUCGGUGUCGGUUUCUACAGUCUGUUUUCAGUCACCGAUGACCCUUUCGUCACUUCCGGAGACCAAUGGAUGGCUUUCUACUGGAAAGACAAGAAGGAUCAGGCAAGUACAUGCAUCUCGCGAGUGGGAUCUCUUCCUGAAGACAAGCGCUCAGUGUGGACGACGUUUGAAAUGCCGUUAAGAGAACCAGCUACCCUUCCACCUCCAUUCGACUUUAUUCGCUUCCUGUGCUCCUCCAUAACCUUCAUGUCCUCGCUCCGUAAGAUCAGCGUGUUUCUAGACGACAAAUGCCUCGCAACAUUAGAGAAGACCGUUGGAGAAUCGAAAGCGAUCGCUGUUCCUUACGGCCUCAGGACGAGGACGACGAACGGAACGAUGACUGUCACCGGCGUACGGUCGACUGCACUUCAUAUCCGUGCAGACGUCAUGAAAUGGGUUUAUUCCGCAGGUUCUGAGCGCAAAAGGCCCAUCUUAUCAGUCCCAAAGAUCUCCAAACCAGUCACAGGAUUCUUUUCGUCCAUCUUCUCGUCAUUUUCUGGUUCCUCGACGCCCAAGCCUGCGUCCACGCCUCUUCCACCUCCCGUAGAAGAAGAACCCAAGAAGUCCGACCUCUUGGAGAUUAAUAGCACAAGUAUCUCAUUGUCCAUCUUUACGGCAGAUGUGAAUGUGAGGUUGGAUAAGAAGAUGACUGCAGAACUGGUUAGGUCAACAAAGAAGAAUCCACCUUCGAAGAUGCGGUACGACUUGAUCUAUACGGGUCAGGCAGAUUACGAGGCCAGUAUUGAAGAGGAUAAGAAGUACCCGAGUUCCACGGGCAGUAUAUUUCAGGGACUACGUGCAGACUUGGAAGGCUUGGGAACUACGCGUGUCUUUAUCGGACACGCUACUGCGCAAACGACGGGUAUUGGCGGACAUAUGGCCGCGCGAUUCAUUCCCACUGUUGAGCGAGAAGCAAUUGACUUUAUGGAUCGAAAUAUUGCUGUUUGGAACAAAGAGUUACUCGGCGUCGGAGGCGUUCUCGCUCGUACCGCAUACGAACAUGAACUGAGCGAAAUCCAAUCAAUAUGGGACAAAAAUCAAACUCCUACUUCUCCGCCGCCCUCUGAAAUCCAGGAGUCGCUAACGCGACGCGCCGUACACGCUCUUAAAUUCUUCACCUUCCACCAAUCUACACCUUCACCCGAUGUUUCCCAACUCCUCGAAGAAGGGUUUUUCACUUCUUUAGCACGCUUCCCUAUCAUCUCUUCUCGGGGUGUCCGAUCAUCCACGGAAGUUCGCAUGAGGGAUGAAUCUCUCGCAGGGUUCAUGAAGGAACUCCCGGUUCUCCCAGAUCUAGUAACCACCGACUCGGCUCAAAUGAUCACUACCCUUCAGUCCCGCAGUCUACUUAAACCCACCGUGUUCAACGACAUCCUAACGGAGCUUAAAGCUCGCCCAUUACCCAAGGACGAAAUGGUCACUUUCAUGAAGUGGUGGAUCAAGAGCGUCGAUAGUGCCAGCGCCUGGCAGAAGAGUCCGGAGACGAUGGCUUCCUUCCAACGGCAGCUAAUUCAAGCCGCUGUCCUUCGCAUCACAGGGGAACGUCCGGAAGACGAGAAAUUCGUUCCGCUGUCCUCGAUACGCACCUUUGUCGGGACAAAGACGAUCUUACCGACAGAAGGACCUCUUCCGGAGCAUGUCCUCCCGCUCCAAGUCAGCAAAGAAUUCAAUCCGGACUCCCUUCGCUCGGCGUUUCCCUGGAGCGAGCUCACCGUUCAGGAUUGGUUAACGCACCUAUGUUCCCUAAUCGGCAAAGCAGGCUCUGAGCAACACGACAUCACGUUGUCACCACAGUGGUCGGAGCGCGUUCUCGGUGUCCUUGCCCGCGCAUGGCCGUCGAUAUCAGCAACAAGUAAACUAGCCAUUCACAAGGUACUCGCGACAAAGGCGUGUAUCCCAACCAAUCUUGGGAUGAAGAUGCCGGCGGAUACCUACUUCCCAAACGUCAAUAUGUUCCCGGAUCUGCCUAUCGUCACCUUUCCUUCAGGUAACGUUGUCCGCGGGGCAGUGGAGAAACUGUUGCAAGACUUGGGCCUGCGCAAGCACGUCGAGCUACAAGUUAUCUUCACUCGCAUGGUCAAGACCAAUCAAUGGACGAUUCCCGAACUGAUCAAGUACCUUGUCUCCGUAGAAUCCACUCUAACAGAGGAAGAGAAGAAAAUGCUGAGAGCGACAAAGGCAUUUGCCAAGGAAGGAGAGACAGGAACUGAUCCAGAGGGACGGCCGUUCCGUUACUGCGCUCGAGACCUCUAUGAACCUUCGGAAACCUUCCGUAAGCUGAAGUUGCCGGUCCUUGAUUGGGGACAAACAGUCAGGUGGAGAAGUAACUCGGCAGAAGCGAAGUUCCUACACAAGAUUGGCCUUCAGCAGCACCCCAGUCUAGAGACGCUGAUUCAACUAUGCGCAUCCGAUGAUGUCGAGGUCCGAACGACUGCGUUGAGAUACCUCUUGGACAACAUCAGCAACAAAUACCAGGAUUAUAGCUCUGCCCGUUUCGCCAGCGUAGCUUAUCUCCCUGCAAUUAGGGGCACAGAAAGCCUGCUGGGAACUCCGAAAGAGGUCUUCGCAAGUCGCAUAUGGGGAGAACUAGGUUUCACAGUCCUCCACCCCUCUUUCCAAUCCGAGUCAAUCAAGCUACAGGUCAAAGAACAUCCAUCAUCAGCGCAAUUGUACGAGUUGUUCCAGAAGCGCCCUCCGUCCGACGAAGAAGAGGCCGCCAAGAUGUUCUCCAUCGUUGCCACUCGCUUGAAUGAUUUGAGCAACAACCACAAAGCCCUAUUGUCACAAAUGCACUUCGUUCCCGUCAAAGCGCAAGAGAAGGGACAGACCAUCAUUCGUCGACUACCACCUUCUCAAUGUUAUCUGAAAGCCAACACAGACGCAAUCCACUCCAAACUGUUCACAUUCGUCAACUUUGGGAGUGCUGCGAACGCUUUUCUGAUGGCGUGUGGUGCACGGCAAGAACCAAAUCUCGACGAGAUUGCCAAAAUCUUACUCGAUGAUCCCCGUCGAUUCUACCAAUUGUGCGAGGGGCCUGAGCAGUACGUACCUUUCCUCAUCCCUUGCGAUGCCUGCCAACAGCCUACCAGAUACCUUUCGGAACUUCGCAACAUGGCAGUCAACGUUCGCAUGAUCUCAGACACGACCAUUGCUCGGAUGAAACGCAACCCCAUUCUCCUAGCCAUGCAGCGUAAAGCCAAAUCCUCUAAGAAGGAGUCCAAGGAUCUGGAAGAGGAAGAAUGGGACAUUAGUUAUGAUUUGAAGAAAGGUGACCAGAUUGUGGUCGUGGAUGAUACAGCUGCGUAUCAAGUGUUUGGUGAGGAUUUGUGGACGGCCCCACAGGAGGAUAUCCUCGAAGGCUUCUACAUCCAUCUAGGCUCGCACAAACUAAGCUCCCUUGUCCGAGAAGAGCAUCGCAUCUCAAAAGAAAUACCCAAUCACAAACAAGCUGCAGCGAUCCGGAGCCUCGUCCUCGAGCGUCUUCCGCUCUUCCUCCAUGAACACACCCACACCAGACCCAAAGUGUCUCUCACCUGGCUUGCAGCACCCAACAACUUUAUCGUACGUGCCUUUGGGACGCUGUCGAUUAUCAAGACGUUGAGAUUGGGGACGUUGGUGAGGGAGCAUCGAAGUGAGGCGUCUGCUGUGGCCAGACGUGAGUCGGGCUCGAUCCAGUUGUGGAUUGCUGGGAAUACGGCGGUUGAUCACUACGAGGUGGCUUUGGCGAUGAACAAGCUGUUGUUCGAUGCUCCGAAGACCAAUGAUGCACUGUUGUUCAUGACUAUCCUCAGCACUGACCUGGGCUCUUUGAAGCGGAGAGGAUACAACGUCGACCGAAUUCUCAAGCAGCAGCGAAUCGCGAGAGAAGCCCAACUCGCUGCCCCUCCUCCGCCGCCACCUCCGCCACGGACGGAAGAAUACCCCAACGAGAAGCAAAGUUUACAAAGUGCCCCACCACCGCCACCUUCCAAAGUGCCUCCACCGGCACCCCCGCCAAUUCCUCCCAAACCCGGUGCGGUGCCUCCUCCAGCCGGCUCGUCGGAUGACAAGGGUAGCAGAGCGCCCAUCGGUGGACCUCCCACUAUGCCAGGCGGAGGAGCAUUCGGUGCCUUCCAAAGUCUUCGAGAAAAACUGGGGAAUAUAGCUGGAACCUCCUCGUCUGCUCGGAGGUCAGAAAGUCCGGCUCCCAGAGGGAACGAGUUGACACCUCCUCCCCCUCCCGCUCAUUCACCUUCUCCUUCAGCUCGAUCUGGUAUUAAACCAAGCGCUACACCUCAAGAUCGCAUCUCUGCGAACAUCGACAUGGCGAUCAGGGCCUGUAGGCCAGAAUCGCAGAGCCUCGUUAGGAACCGAGAGCACAUGGAACAGGUCAAAGAAUCGUUGAACGACAGCUAUUGCGAUGCUUCUGGACACAACCAACAUCUUGUUUCUCUAGGUGAAAUUGGCAAUGUCAAGAUCUUCAUCUCGCAAGAUGUCCCUCCACAGAUUUCAAAGAGCUUCCUAAAGGACAACUACGAAGCGCUAUGCCGAUUCAUCCACAUCUUGCUGCCGCUGUCUCAGAUCUACAACCUGCCCGAACAAUCGCUGCACAUCUUUUACGACAUGCACGGGGGACUUAUCGCGUUCAACCGCAACUCGAGUUUAUUCAUGAACUUUAGGUACUUUGAGGCAUGGCAUGAUGCAGAAGUUCGUGCAGGACAGCUGAAUUCCGCGUAUAUAUCUUGGUACUUCACAUUAGCACACGAGAUUGCACACAACCUGGUGCAACCGCACAACUCUGAGCACGAGUUUUACUUUUCAGCCAUUUGCGAGCGACACUUGAUUAGCCUUGCCAAUCUGUUAUCCAAGUAG